AUGGCAGCGGUGGUUCGGGGGGUAUCGGCGGGAAUGGCGAGGGCGAUCAGAAGAGGAGGAGAUGCUCCGGUGUACUCGAUCGCUGUAGAGCAGCACAGGAAGUAUGUCGACGCCAUCGCCCAGCGGGUGAGGUCUGUCAUACACGUCCCAGCAAGAGACGACCUCCCGGACUGCUGCUUCAUCGAAGACACUGCUGUUGCUGUUGGAAAGAAGAUUCUCCUUACCCGGCCAGGCGCAAGAAGCCGUCGAGAGGAGACUAAAGAUGUGGAGCUCACGAUCAAGUCAGAGAUAUCCAGGUUCAAGAGCGCCUACAGCGUUGUGAGCAUGGCGGAAGAAUCGAACGAGGACGUUACCCUGGAUGGAGGAGACGUGCUGUUCACAGGGAGACAUUGUUUCGUUGGGAUAUCCUCGCGAACCAAUGAAGCCGGAUUCGAGUUCCUACGCAAACAUUUUGCGAGCGAGUUUGCAGAGGGGGCGAAGAGUAUCCAUGCGAUCCAAGUGAAGGACGACCUGCACCUGAAGUCCCUUGCCACCUUUGCAGGAAACGAUCAGAUCGCCUUCGACGACUCUGUCGGGGGGGACCACUUCGUGCAGGAGGUGGAGAGACUGAUCGGAGCGACCCACGGUUACAGCAUGCACCGGAUGUCAGUGCAUGAGGCAACCAACGUGCUGCGUGUUGGAGAUGCCCUGCUCGUGUCCAAGGGCUGCGAGCUCCUGCCAGAGAUGCAGAAGCUGGCAGAGAUGGCUGGGGUGAAGCGACAAGACAUAGUGGGAGUAGAGAACUCCGAGUUCGCCAAGGCCGACGGCGCGAUCACAUGCCGAUCACUCAUUCUCCCUCAUCUCUUCUAA